AUGGCGGAGAUCAGCCCCCAGGAGCUGCGCUUCCGCUUCCAAAUCAACAAGCAGCUGCCAGCAUCUAUCUCCAUACACAAUCCCACGGGCGAUCGGCUGGCCUUCAAGGUCAAGACCACCACCCCCAAAAAAUAUGUCGUCCGUCCCAGCGCGGGCGUGGUGGAACCGAGGACCAGCGCCAACGUGCAGGUUAUCAUGCAGGCCCAGAAGGAGUACCCAGCGGACAUGGCCCACUGCAAGGACAAAUUCCUGGUGCAGACGGAGGUGCUGCCCGCGGGAGAGGAGAUUGGCCCCGACACAUUCAAGAAGAGCGAGGGCACGAAGCUGCGGGUCAUAAUCGAGGGGCCGCCGGCGCCGCCAUCCCCGGUGCCCGAGGUCAACGAGACCGAGGAUGAGAAGUCGGAAAAGCUGGAGAGCAUCCUGCCGCCCGUCGCGGCGGCGGCGCCGGCGGCGCCCGUCGCGGCGGCGCCCGUGGCGGCGGCGGCGGCGCCGACGGUGGUGCGCAGCCGGGUGGCAGCCGCGGCGCCGGCGGUGGAGGAGCCCGGGAACCUGACUGUGGAGAACCGGGCGCUGCGGAGGCAGCUUGAGCAGAUUCGCGACGAGCGGGACCAGCUCAAGCGGCGGCUGGACACGCUGUCGCGCGGUGGCGGCACUGCCACCAAGGCAUCAUCCCCCCUGCCGCUGCUGGCGACCAUUCUGGCGGCAAUCCUGGCGUUCCUGGUGGGCCACUACCUCAAAGACCUCCAGAAGAUCGCCGGGCUGGCGUGA